AAAUGGCUUCCCAUCUCUCAAAAGCACAAAUCCCCAUUUUCUUCGUCAAGCAUUUCUCCUUUCUCUUUUCCAUUUCUCUCACAGACCUUCAAUGGCGAAACCCACAAACCAGCAGCGUAGUUUAGCACCUCCUGACCAUGAUUCUCCUCCCCUUAAACCCAUUUUCAGAGCUACUUCCUCUGCUUCCAUAGCUAACAAUCAUUCCACGCUUUUAAAGCUUGAUUCCUCCAUAGCUGCUGUUCCUAAUCCUUCCUCCUUAUCCACCCAUAUCCCGUUUUCCAAACUUCACAGUCAAGCUGGGUUUUCAUCUCAAAGAUCAAAGAACUUGAACCCACCUCCAGCUCCGACUGUUUCUUCUAUGCUGAAAUCAAAACCCCACCUCCAAAAAAUUCCUUCUGGUGGGGAUGAGAAAUUCAGUAAGGUGUGUAGAGAGUUGGGUAGGAAGAAGUUUUUUGAUGAUAAGAAGGAAACCAAUGAUGGGUUUGAUAAGAAAGGUCUCUGUCUUGUGGUGAAGGAGAAGGAGGAGAAGGAGGAGAAGGAGGAGAAGGAAUUGAAAGAGCCUCAAAAGGGGCAAAAGAUUGUCAGUUUGAGGCCAACAGUUUCUUUACUUCGAAAGAGUGGGAGAAGGAAAUCAUUUGCUGUUUCACAAGUUGAAUUGAGUGAUAUUUUUGCCAAAAAUGGUGUGAAAGUGGUUUCUGUUGAUAUGCAACCAGCUAUGCAGAUUCAUGCUGUGGAUUGUGCAAGAAAGACUCAUGACAGUAUGGAGAAGUUCACUUCCAAAACUCUUGCUUUAUCUCUCAAAAGGGAAUUUGAUGGGGUGUAUGGUCCGGCUUGGCACUGCAUCGUGGGGACAAGUUUUGGGUCUUUUGUGACUCAUUCAGUUGGUGGUUUCUUAUAUUUCUCACUGGACCAAAAACUGUAUAUUCUAUUGUUCAAAACGUCCGUACAAAGAGCUGAUUGAGAUUGAAGUAGAUGUCCAAAACACGGCUGGGAAAUCCAAUAAAUUUGGCAUAUUAGAGUUUAAGAGAGGUAAAAGAGGCCAUCCAUCCGAAUACAUGUACAUUGAGUAUGUUAAGAAACACACCAACAAUACAGAAUAUUCACUACAAUAUGUUUAGAGAUCCCUUACAAGCUGUUUACUGAACAAUUUCAUUGCAAUUAUUGAGGUUUAGUGAGAGAAUAACCCUUACUUUUACAGCUCAAAGACUCGAUUCUCUCUACAUAUACUUCUCCAAUUCCACUAGUAUUUCUGUUUAAA